AUGGAGGAAUUGAAGCAAAUGGUGGAAAAAUUCGAAGGUGAAUUCGAUGCCUUUGAAAAACGCUACGACCAAUACAUCGAGCUCUCUGAAAAGAUUAAGGCCGAUCAAAAUGCUUGCAAACGCGAUAUCAAGCACUAUAGAAUGUAUAUGAAAAUGUUAAAGUCUAAGGUGGCUAGACUUGAAUCCACUCCUAACAUCCACGAUCAAGUUGAAUUAUCUGUAAUCAAAAACAGCUUUGAGGACAAGGCCCACAUUUUGCGCGACAUGGAGGACUGUCUUCCUAAACAAAACGGACUCUAUCUGAGGAUUAUCCUCGGCCCAGUGGAUGUUUCGUUCACAAGCAAGCAGGACAAGUUUGAUUACAAAAACAACUACGAAAAUUUCAAAAUCACAGUUUCCGCCAUAAUCAGUAUAUAUGCCCUUUUUCUGUAUUUCUUCAAUCAAUACGGGUUACUGGAUUCGCUGUUUCAUUUGCUAAUUGUUUGGUACUACUGCACUUUGACAAUCCGGGAGCAAAUCCUAAUACAAAAUGGAUCUCGAAUUAAGGGCUGGUGGGCUACUUACCACUUCAUCCUCACUGCUGAAGCAGCUGUCAUUCUUAUCUGGCCAACGUCGCAAUCAUAUUCGCUGUUCCGCGACCAAUUCAUGCUCUAUUCCUUCUACAUAUUUAUUGUUCAGUGUAUACAGUAUUAUUAUCAAAUGGGGUGUCUCUACAAACUAAGGGCUCUCGGCCAAAGACCCUCCAUGGAUAUAACCGUUGACGGUUAUAUGUCGUGGAUGUCGAGUCGCCUAUCGUUUGUACUCGUCUUUUUGUUCGGAGCAUACGCCUUUCAGGCCCACAAUGCUUACAUUCUCUACCACAUCUCUCAGGCUCCCCAUUGCCAGGAGUGGCAGCCCUCAGUCGUCGGGCUUAUUUAUGCUUUUGGCGCUGUUGGCAAUCUCGUUACUACCCUUAUGGUUGUGAAACAGAAACUGGCACUUCUCAAUCCGCGAAAACGCAGUUACCUACGCAAAAAGUACAGCACCACCUUCCACUUGCAGGACGUUGACGUUGUGACCGAUUCGCAGAAGAUGGAAUAG